GUUUCUCCCAUCAUAGGCACGCCAGCCUUCAUAACCACUCCCGCCUUGUCAGUAGCCACCUUUUCGGAGGAGCGCACCACUUCUUCGAAACAGUUAAGGAUCGCCUUCAUCAUCCUUGGACUCAUAUCUGCCCUCCUAGCGUUACGGAUGUUUUGGCGGUAUAUGCAGCAUAUAUCCGACACCUGCAAGCAGUAUGACGAAGAGCUCUGUAGGGUGUGCAAGUCUCUUUGUGGGGCGUGCAGGCAGUGGGGGAGGUCGUUGGGGGCGGUGUGCCUACCUCAAGCCGCUGUGUUCAUGUUUUUACCUGAUGAAUGGAAGAAACAAUUCAGCCCAUCGGAACUGGCAACUUACCAAGUUCUCCUCGGCUGGAAUAUCUUGCUUUCCCUCCUCCCACUACUUGCCAUGGUGUUCGACCGCAGUUGGAAAACAAUCUUACUUUCGUUCAGCGGAUCUUUCAUAUAUCUUUUUUCGGCGAUCCUGAAAAUCCUGGUGCGUGAAUUCCUAGAACCGUUGAUAUGAGAUGUCCCGCGGCAACUAUAGUCUUUACAGACGCGUAGGACUUCUGCUGAAGUGGGUUCUAGACGCCUCGAAAGUGCGUAUCGAAUAUAUACCCAGGA